AUGGACGCAAAUGACGAAAAAUUAAUUAAUGAACAAUUAACUUUAUUACAAAACGAACAACAGACAAUACAACACGCGACGAAAAACCAAAUUAAGAUACUACAAGAGACAAUAGCCCACAUAGAUAAAACCGAGGAAACAAUACAGAAAAAUGAAGACCUCCUCGGAAACGUGACGAAAAAUUUAAGACAACAACUAAAAUUCAAUGACAGACAAAACAACAUACACGAACACUUUCUAGUAAUCAACGCGAUAUUAGGAAAUUUAAAACGUGACACAAAAGACAUAGCACUAUUUAGUAUUAAUAAAACAAGGGACACUACACCCACAAUUAACGCCAGUAACAAGACUCUAGUAGUUGGCAGCCUUGCACAGUACCAAAACAGUGCAAGACUUGACGCGAGCUCCGAGGUUAUAUCUGUCGUUUACAUUUUUACAAUGUCAGACAAAAGUUAUCGGUGGAAAGGAAAAUUAGUGACAAAAGCCCUGUAUGAAAAAAGACUCGCUCAACGAAAAGCUGGAAUAGAAACGUGCAAUAAGCGAAGAAAAGUUUCGACUGAACCGGAGGAAAGUAAUCCCAUAACCAAUGAAGAUGUGGAACAACAAACAAAUGUCAUCGAUGGACGACGUAUUGUCGAUUUGAACAUCUUGGGACAGCAAUUAUGGUGUUGUUCUUGUACCGAAGCUCUUUCUCUACAGUACAUAGAAAGUGAGAUGCGAAGUGGCUUGGCUUCUCUAUUUCUAGUACGGUGUCAUAAGUGCCUCGUCGUGAAUAAAGUUUGCACAGGCACGCAACAAUAUACCGAUAAACACAGCCCUCGCUUCGACAUCAAUUCGGAAGCAACAUUAGGUAUCCUACAUUGUGGUUUAGGAUGGACACACUUCAAAAAAAUGCUAGCAUGCAUGAACGUACCAUGUAUGAAUUUUAACACAUUUAAAAAAUAUGAACAAGAAGUGGGAGUUGCUGCGGAGGAAGUAGCGAAUGAAAGUUGCGUAGAAGCCACUGCGCUGGAAAGAAAACUCACUAUCGAAAAUGCUGAGAGCAUCGAAAAGUUAUUGUAA